CUACGCCAGUAAUGUAAGGUAAACCUGUGUAAAAAAACAUCGAGUGUACCCUGUGUCGGGGAACCGAGGAGCUCCACUGUUGUCGUUUGGCUGUGGUUUGCUAAGAUGACGGCAGAAUUGAGGCACCGUGGAACCAAAGACACCGAGGAGACGUUACAACAGCAGCUAUCUGAGGACAAGGGUUCAGAUAGUGAGCUGAAGCUAGAAAAAGAUGAAGGGGCGGACAGCCACACCAAGGUGGACUCGGGGGUCCCGGAGGUGCCAGUCCCACCUGAUGACACCCCAGAGGUGUUAAAUAAAGCCUUGUCCGGGCUCUCCUCAAGAUGGAAGAACUGGUGGGUUCGAGGGAUUCUCACUCUGGCCAUGAUUUCUUUCUUCUUCAUCAUUAUCUACCUGGGCCCCAUGGUGCUUAUGAUGAUUGUCCUGUGUGUUCAGAUCAAGUGCUUCCAAGAAAUCAUCACCAUUGGUUACAGUGUUUACCAUUCGUACCAUCUGCCGUGGUUCAGGACAUUGAGUUGGUACUUCCUGCUGUGUGUCAAUUACUUCUUCUAUGGCGAGACGGUCACAGAUUACUUCUUCACACUGGUGCAAAGGGAAGAGCCGCUUCGCAUCCUCAGCAAAUACCAUCGCUUUAUCUCCUUUGCGCUCUACCUCACAGGUUUCUGCAUGUUUGUGCUGAGCUUGGUGAAGAAGCACUACCGCCUUCAAUUCUACAUGUUUGGCUGGACCCAUGUGACUCUGCUGAUUGUUGUGACGCAGUCUCACCUCAUUAUUCACAACUUGUUUGAAGGGAUGAUCUGGUUUAUUGUGCCAAUUUCCUGUGUGAUCUGUAAUGACAUUAUGGCCUACAUGUUUGGUUUCUUCUUCGGACGCACCCCUCUCAUUAAGCUGUCACCUAAGAAAACGUGGGAGGGAUUCAUCGGUGGAUUGUUCUCCACCAUCGUGUUUGGCAUCAUGCUCUCCUAUGUGAUGGCAGGCUACCGCUACUUUGUAUGCCCAGUAGAGUUCAACAAUGAUUCCAACAGUUUCCAGGUAGAAUGCGAGCCUUCCGAGCUUUUCCAGCUUCAGGAUUAUGCACUUCCCAGUGUCCUGGAGUCUGUAACUGGAUGGACCACAGUGCGCCUCUAUCCCUUCCAGAUCCACAGCAUCGCUCUGUCCUCUUUCGCAUCAAUCGUCGGGCCAUUUGGUGGCUUCUUUGCCAGUGGCUUCAAGAGAGCCUUUAAGAUAAAGGAUUUUGCCAACACCAUUCCGGGACACGGAGGAAUAAUGGAUCGAUUUGACUGCCAGUACCUCAUGGCCACCUUUGUGAAUGUAUACAUUGCUAGCUUCAUCAGGGGCCCCAAUCCUAGCAAGGUGAUCCAGCAGCUCCUCGCACUCCGGGCUGACCAGCAGCUCUACAUCUUUAACUCCCUUAAGGCUCACCUGACAGAGAAGGGCUUGCUGCCGGCACUGGAGGAGGCAGAUGCCUAGACCGGUCCUUAGCCAUGCUGGUGGUGAAAGGAGGCACCGGGAGAAACAAGAAAAGGCAGCCUCAGGUCAUUCCAUUACAUUUGGGUAUUUCAUUUGAGUCCUGUGUGUGUGUGUGUGUGUGUGUGUCCAGACUGAAUGUGAACCAUGUGUUAGACCAUUGUUCUCCCAUUCAAGUACUGUACAUGUUUCAUACAAGCCUUUCAAUCUAUUCCGGCCGUUUGGUGUUGGUAAAUUGUACAUUUCCACCUAUAUCUGCACACACGCAAACACACAGUAUUCUCUCUAUAUAUCGUUAAAUGUGUGUUUGCUAUUUUAUCGCGUAUCUUUCUUUUAAUGCACUGUCCUCCGCUCACUCACUGUAAUGUUACCCCCUUUUGAGUGGUUUUGUUGUGAUUUGAUAUUUAUACACUCUUUUUAAUAUCAUAUUUAGGUUUUGGUUGAAUGUUACUUGUCGCGUCUACUUCUGUGUUCGAGUUCAAUGUCAGUGCUUCUCUCACAUUCAAUUAUUUGUGGUGGCCCGCCACAAAUAAAUUUGGACAGCCCACAGAUAGAUUUGGCGUUACCUAUUUUAAUUUAUUAUUAUUAUUUUUUUUAGAUUUGGCACUACCUGUUUGGCCUCGCUUUAAGGUGUUAUAAGGCGCCUUAUAACACCACUAAGUCAAUAGCUUAAUGUUAUGUUGUGAAAUAAGGUUUAAAAACAUGAUAUAAUGCCGCACAUUUCUUGCGACACAAGCCAAAAAGCUCAGUUUUACCCUUCCACACACAAACACAGAGUCAGAGCUUUUGAAAAUCUCUUCUCUGUCCAAAGUUUUGUGUCAUGGGCAAUUAUUGAAAUUAGACAAUGAUAUCAUCCAGCCACUCCUCCCACAACCAAACACCACAUGUGCUGUAGAUCGCAGUUCUGUGAGAAACAUUGCAUCAUGUCAUUCGUUGUGUUUCAUGUAUUUAUGUUUGAGUGUGAGGGCACUAGCGACACUCGUAGAGUUACUGACGCAUUUUUUAUUAGCCAGAUUAACACAGGUUUUGUCUUUGCUGUGCUGGGAAUUUGAUCUGUGAAGUUAGAAACUGUCAACGUUUUUUUUCUUAAUGUUACGUCGGCUGUCCGGUCAAAUCACAAAGGAUGCAUUUAGAUGCUUUUAUCACUGCCAUCGUCUGCUUAUGUCUGCUGAUUUAACCACGACCACAGCUCCGCAGCUGACUAACUGAAGUGAUAAUACUGACGGUAUCUUACGGAUUUUUCUGCCAACUAUCAACCUCCUCUGCAUUAUGCAGCAGUCGAGGUUCAUUCCUGAUUCAACCAAAAGGUUUAGCCGAUAGAUUCUUGAGCACCUACUGCCAAAUGUGAUUCUUAUUGUUUUAAUAUUGGACAGCAUUUUUCAAGUCGUUAUUAAAUGUUUUUGGUGAAAUUAUAAGCUUAACGUAACAGAUAUCUUAUUAGAAAUACAACAUUUGUGAGAUUAUUUUAAUAUAUAACCAACAUUGCCAUAUUUUACAAAUGAUGACAAUAUUGAGGUUGUUUUCUCAGACAAAGGGGUUAUACUUGGUCAUGUUAUUUAGGGGCGGUGCAGUAAAUAGAUCCACAAUGAGUACUGCAAUGUUUACACUCUUCACAUAGAUUUUUGUUGUUUUUUACGACAACAUUCCAGAAUGAUUUUGUGAUGAAUUAGUGGCACUGCACAGUGGAAGGGUCCAUUCAGUCUCUAUGCGGAUGAAGGUGAAGCUUUGUUUGGUCCAUCACAAUAUCACCAUGGUGUUUGUGCAAGUUCACAUUGUACCACAAUAAAACACGAUUUGGAAGCGUGGACGUCCAUGUGCUGACACGCUGCUUGUAAAGGUGAAGUCAGGCUUUUAGCAAAAUUGGACAGGAUGUCAACAAGGCUACGAUGUCCUCCAAACAUAUUUUAGGACAUCGUUUCACGUAUUAAUUCACUUUGCAAAAGUGUUGGUUUUCUUUCUUGUAAUGAAACACUGAAACCAGGCAAUGUGUGUUGUUUUCCUUUUGAAUGUACAUCAGUUAGUUUCACGUUAUUCGUCCAUGUCUUAAGUGGGAGUUUAUCCAUAAAGUAUUUAUUUAAGCAAAUGUAUACCCCUCAAAGUUAUUAUACAUUUAAGAUUUUUAGAUAUAUUUUGAGUGUUCUUUAACAUUUCUGCCUAGAGCUACCGUAUAGUCAUUUAGGAAAGGACACUGCAAUAGCAGGAGAAACCUGCUGUCUUUCUUGCAGUUUGCUGUUUGUUGGCUGUUUUUCUGGGCUCUACAGUGCUCUUUGUCACAAUGUGGCCACUGGUGGGGGUUUUGUCUUGUUGCUAUUGUACAGAGCUCCCAUACAAAGGGUAUCCCCAAAAUCUGAACACUCCGGCAAAAAUGCAUGCAUACUAUACAAUUAUAAGUGUAUAUAUAUUAUAUAUAAAGAAUAUGUAUUUGUAUUAUAUAUAUAUAUAAUAUUACAUAUUACAAAUAAAAUUAUUCAUUCAUCCUUAAUUACAUUAAGGAUUGUAUAAUGUGUGUACAUUAUAUGGCCAGAUUUUAGGGACACCCUGCUGAUGAACAGAAAAACAGUCAGCUAUAUUUUAUGGUAAUUCCCCAAAUCACAGGACAUGGAGACAGACAGGCAAAUAUGCUUUACUGUGUCAGAGAUUUUAGUUUCCUCAGCCAGGACUUUUGCUGGAAUGUAUUAAAGUUGUGCAACAUUGAUGUAGCACGUUAUUGGCUCGCCUUUGUUUGCAUUUUAUUUUGUGGUUCAAGAGUCCUAUAAAUAAAAUGAGUUCUUAUAUUA